AUGACGAAUCCAAAGUCUUCUGCGGCCGGGCGCAAGGUCAAUGUUCUCUUCGUGUGCCUGGGAAAUAUCUGCCGCUCCACCAUGGCCGAAGGAGUCUUCCGCAACAUGGCCAGCUCUCAUCCUUUGAUCAAUGAGAUCGAUUCUGCGGGCACAGGCGCCUACCACACCCUCGAGCCCCCCGAUUCGCGUACCAUGUCCACUCUGCGCCGCCAUGGCAUCACCAACUACGAGCACGCUGCCCGAAAGGUCACCAAAGAAGACUUCCUCCAUUUCGACUAUCUCAUGGCCAUGGACAAGUAUAAUCUGCGCGAUCUGCUAGAUGUCCGGGAAUCCGUCAUUGCGUCGCUAUCGAAGUCCGGAAGUGUCUCUGCACAACGCGGCAAUAAGGCCACUCGUGCAAACAGUGCGGCUGCACUUGCUGCUGCUGGAUCCGAUGCGAAGAUUGCGGAGGUGAGGCUUUUUGGUGAUUUUGGACCUGGGGGUGCGCUGCAUGACCGUGUUGGUGGUGGCGAGGUUGUGCAGGAUCCCUACUAUGGCGGCGCCAAUGGGUUCGAGGAGGUUUAUCAUCAGGUCGUUCGGUUUUCGAAGGGAUUUCUGGAAUAUCUGGAGAAGAACGAAGGUGGUGAAGCGGAAGAGUAA